AUGGCUUUUACUGGAACAGCAUUCAAAUGUGAAGGAAAUGGAAAAAAGCUUGCAAGAUCUCAGUCUAUCCCAUUUGAUGGCGCGACUCUUCCAGACGUUGCAGCAGAACGCAUCGCCACGUUUUUACACGGGAAAGAUCUUAUAAAUCUGGGGAAAACUUGUAAAUUCUGGAACGAUGUAUCUCGAAAGAACUUCGUGUGGAAAUUACUUGUCGAGAAAAGGUUUGGGAAGCAAGCAGAUCUCGAAGCCGGGUCAAGUUCGCCCGUGGAUUUCAAAAAGCUCUAUUUUAAACUGGCAACAAGCAGGAAACCUGCAACUGCUUUUGCAGUAGAGCAUUUGGGUGAUCGCUACCUGGAAAAAGUCAAAGAUGAUGAGAGCGAAUUUGGAGAAGUCAUCCAACUCAACACAGUUUGUUGGUUGCAAAUUGAUCAGUUCUUCUCAGGCGUACUUCCGGGAAAAUAUGCGUUGAAGUGGCGCAUGAAAUUCGAUGAGGUGUAUGUGAAUGGAAAUGGGAAGGUCAUCGAAUUUCGAGCAAGGCCAGAGCAAGGCUGUGGAAACGAACUCUGUUCAAAGUGGUCGGAGAAUGACUUUAGACGAGCAGAACGUCGCCAUGGAACUCAAAAAUGGUUCUUAUACACCAUAGGAGAAUUCAAUGUCACUGCUUUGUGUAAAGUACGCGUGGAGAUCAUAGGACGAGUGCCAUACUGGUGUGGAGGAAUAUCAUGGGAUUAUGCAGAAUUAAAGCCACUGAAUUAA